AUGCCUCUGGACGUCGGUGACAACGACGCUGGCCAGUCGGCUCACGACUGGCACGAUGACGCUCCGUCGCCAUCAGCGAGCAUCAAGUCCGACAACGAACUUGACGAAGACGGCAACCCACAACCCGGCGCGUCAUCCCAACCGAUUCAGAAGCGACGACGAGUAACGCGCGCAUGCGAUGAAUGCCGACGGAAGAAGAUUAAGUGUGACGGCAAGCAACCAUGCACGCACUGCUCUGUCUAUAGUUAUGAAUGCACAUACGAUAAACCUUCAAACAGGAGAAGAAACCCGGCCCCACAAUACAUCGAAGCCCUGGAAAGUCGACUGCAACGCGCCGAGUCUCUACUUCACAAAUUUAUGCCCGAUGUCGACCUGGCCGAUCCGAAUCUUGAUCCAGCAAUUCAGCAAGAAUUCCGCAAUCGCGAAAAUGCUCGUGCCCAAGCCUCGAAGGCUCGACAGCCUCCUCCACCACCCCAACCUGAGCAAAAUGAAGCUCAUCUGACUUCGAUGAUCGAUUCCGUUGGCCAACUUGAUAUCGACGAGAAGGGAAGUUUGGAAUUUCACGGCAACUCCUCCGGUGCUGUGUUCUUGAAACGCAUGAAGGAUCAUUUCCGAGGAAUGCUUGGUUCGUCCUCAAAAGCUCCGUUUUUGCCUCGUGCCGAACGACCGGCUGGUCUGGAGUCGCCCUCAUUAUCUUCAGUCGGAACACCCUUCUCAGCAGUUCCAAGCUACCCUGAGCUCCCUCCAAAGGAUGUUGCCCGGAAGCUGUGCUAUUAUUCCCUCAGCUGCGCGACAUGUCUCGUUCGAAUCGUUCACGUUCCCACUUUCUACGAGCAAAUGGACAAGAUCUACGAACGACCAUUGGACAAUUUAACGAAGGACGAAACGCAAUAUCUUGGACUGUUAUUCUCUGUUAUGUCUCUUGGAUGUAUGUACAACAAUCUCGACGACAACGACCCAGGAAGCAUGCCCUAUCAAGAUGCGACAGAGGAGGGUCUCAAAUACUACAACGCCGCGCGAUCGGUAUUACACGACGUAACCGAUUGUCGCGACCUUAUUUCGCUACAAGCUCUUCUAUUCAUCAUUCUUUUCCUCCAAGCCACCUCGAAUCUCAGCAGCUGCUAUUCCUUCGUUGGUAUUGCACUGCGCUCGUCACUCCGAAUAGGCCUUCAUCGACAUUUGCAGCACGAAAAAAUCGAUCCGAUUGAGCAGGAAGUCCGGAAACGUGUAUUCUACGUGGUUCGACAAAUGGAUAUCUAUGUUUCGACAUUACUUGGCUUUCCUCUCCUCCUUAACGUGGACGAUAUCGAUCAGCCGUUCCCCUUGGAAGUUGAUGACGAGUUUAUCACACACACCGGAAUUUUGCGACCACCGCCUGGAUCACCAUCUUUUUUCCAAGCGUUCAACGCCCAUUCAGAACUAAUGGAAAUCUUGUCAAAGGUCACGAAAUAUGUCUAUCCAACAAAGGGAUUGGGCCAGAGCGUUACAAAAGACAACAAACCUGCCUCCACCUAUCUAAUUAGUUAUGGCCGUAUCAAGGAAAUUGAAGCUGAGCUUCAUUCUUGGUUUGAAAGGCUACCUCAGCACUGGCGCCCAAGCGGUGAGGGGCCAAUUGAGACGGUUCGAAUCCGUCAUUUGUUGAGAUUUGCCUAUGCACAUGUCCAACUUGUGCUAUAUCGACCAUUCUUGCAUUACGUCUCUCCUCGUUUGAGUCAAGGAAACAAGGUGGACGAGCUAUCAUAUGCUUGUGCAGCCGCUGCCAUCAGUGUCUCUCGUAACAUUGUGCACAUUGGAUUGGAAAUCCGCAAACAGCGGGUUCUCAGUGGACCGUACUGGUUCAUGUUGUACACUGAGUUCUUUGCCGUCCUGUCCCUCGUGUUCUAUGCUACAGAAAACCCUGAGAAGCCCGGAUCUGGCGAAGUUCUAGCGGAUGCUCGAGCUGGAAGACAAAUGAUUGCAGCCCUGGCGGAGAAGAGCAUGUCGGCCGAUCGAGUUACCAGCGCUCUCAAGGCUCUAUUUGAUCAAUUACCAGAGCAAUUGGAUGCUGGAACAAUACGACAAGCGCCUUCAAAGAAAAGACCCGCCCCUACAGGACGGCCUUCGUCUGUUUCAUCUCAUCAUACUCCAAUCCCCGCAAGCAUGUCCUCGAUAGGAACGACAGAUUUCACUCGUGCGAGCCAGAUGUCAUCAAGCUCGUAUCCUACAACCUUGUCUCAAGGGACGAUGGAUCUGCCUGGAGGAGGCAUCGCAGCCUUCCAAGAUAACACUUUCUCAGCCAACUUUGGUGAUUUCAUGUCUCCCGAUUUGCAGCGAAGCACCCCAGAGUCGACCAGCAGCGCAGCGACAAGUACUCAACGCUACCCCUACACAGGACAGCAAAUGGGUAUGCACAACCCUGUCAACAAACUCGACUCGCUCAUGUUCCCGUCUGAGGAUCCUUUUGCCUAUCCAAACCAACCUAUGAUGGAAUUGGGAUUCCCAGGCAAGACAGACCAACCCACCACUAUGGGAGACCAGAAUCAAGAUAUGCAACUCUUCUUGACUGGAACCUUCGACGACGUGGAAAGUCAGAUCUUUGGACAACCACCGCCCUACAUGAUGCACCAGCAGGGCCAGCCCAUGAUGAGUGCAUCGAGCCACCAACCGAUGUUCGCCAGUCCAUCAGCCAUAAUGGGAAUGCAGCCCGGUCAACCGAUGAUGCAACAACGGCGACCAGUGUCACAAACGCACGCGAUUCAUCAAGGACACGCCAUGUCAAACCGACGAGCGCACGCACAACGGCAUCAAGAAAGGCAAAUACAACAAAUGUUUACAGAACAGGGCAUGCAGGCGGAUUGGGGAGGCUUCUUUGGCUCUGGAAGAGGAGGAUUCCAAGGAAUUGUUUGGCUUGGAGAUGGAGAUCUUUCAGCCACUGAAGCAAUUAUUUGCGGAUACAAGAUCGGAUCAUCCCGUAAUCUAAUCUAUCCUCAACAAUUCCACGGCGGACUAAAAGCGUCUCAUUAUCGAUCUGGUUGCGUCAUGAAAUUGAUGAAUUACUUUAGUUGCACGCAGAUGGCACCGCCGAUAACGCCGCCGAAGCCCGUCUGCGGGGAGCAGAGGCCUCAAGCACGUGAAAGAAGGUCGAUGAGCUACGAGUUUGUGCUUGAGGAUGAAUUCGACGCGCUAUGUGUUGAGGUAAAGAAGAGUGACGAUGACUGCGGCGGUAAAAGCAGCAGUGGUAACAAGUAUCCCGCAAAACUCCAUGCGCGCAAGGUCGUCAAAGAGCUCGGCGUUACUGAUGGACUCCUCUAUCUUCCUGGCGAGCCUACACGCCUCUAUGAAGACUCAGACCAGUCGCCUCCUUUCAAGCAACGCAGAUAUUUCUAUUACCUGACUGGCGUUGACUUUCCCGACUGUGCCGUUACUUACGAAAUCGCCAUGGAUCGUCUCACCCUCUGGAUUCCAUACGCCGAGCCGCGACAGGUCUUGUAUCACGGCCCAACUCCUGACGCAGCAGAGGCUAUGCGUAAAUACGACGUCGAUGAUGUUCGAUACACCGCUCAAUUGUCCAAAUUUCUUCAUGGUCAACUUCGUCCUGAGAAGACUCUCUAUGUCCUUCAUUCUGAUCAGGCUCCUAAGUUGACUGAUCGACCUCGAGGACAGACCCAGAUCAACUGCUCCAAGCUGCGACCUGCCAUGGAUGAGGCCCGUGUAAUUAAGACGGAAUAUGAAGUUGCACUCAUCCGUCGCGCUUCACGUAUCUCUGCCGCUGCUCAUCGUGCCGUGGCUGAGCGUCUCCUUACUAUGCGCAAUGAGCAAGACGUCGAGGCAGUUCUUCUUGCCGCUUGUACUUCGCGUGGUGCUCACGCCCAGGCAUAUCCUAUUAUUGCUGGCGCUGGUGUCAAUGCUUCGAUUCUACACUACGGAGCCAACAACCAGCCUCUCGAGGGCAAGCAACUGAUCGUUGUCGACGCUGGCUGUGAGUACCAAUGUUAUGCCAGCGACAUCACCCGUACUCUUCCUGUCAGUGGUUCCUUUUCUAAGGAGGCCUCCGCGAUCUACUCUAUUGUGCAGCGCAUGCAGGAAGAGUGCAUAGCACGUGUUCGGCCCGGCACUGUCUACUACGAACUUCAGCUCCAUGCCAGUGACGUAGCUCUCCAGGGCUUGCGCAAGUUGGGUCUUCUGAAAGGCAACUUUGAGGAGAUCCAAAAGGCGGGAACCGUCGCUGCUUUUUUCCCCCACGGUCUCGGUCAUCACGUUGGUCUUGAGGUCCACGAUGUCACUGGCUAUGAGCGUCUCCUGAUGAGAGAUAACUUCCACGUCGAGGGUGGUAAGCGUGAGAUGGUAACUGCCACGGCUCUGGUGGCAAUGCAUCGUAUGGCUUCGUCUUCUCCACCUACAAAGCCAAGACAGUCUCUUCAGCCCAACAUGAUUGUGACAAUCGAGCCAGGAAUCUACUUCUGCCGUCCUUUUAUUGAGGGAUACUUCCUGAACAACCCGUCACAUGCCAAGUUCAUUAACAAAGACCUCCUCGAGACAUACUACCCAGUUGGUGGUGUUCGCAUCGAAGAUGACAUCCUCGUCACACCCGGUGGCUAUGAGAACUUGACCUCUGCUGCCCCCAAGGGUGACGAGAUGCUGGAUGUGAUCAACGGCAGCUUUGAGAAGAUUUAA